CGCCGGCCGCCAGUCUCCUCCAGACGUCACCCAUCCGACCGUCCGUCCGCCCGCCCGCCCACCUGCCACCGCCGCCAUGGGGCUUAUCCGCGCCAUCGUGGGCAAGACGAUCGUGUGGAGCGUGGCGCUCUUCUACACCUUCACCGUCCUCGCCUCCCUCAUCGUGAGGACCAUCCUCCGGCCCUCGCGCCAGUUCUGGUACCGCAAGGACAGGCCGACCCCGCCCGCCGUGCUGCACGACCCGCAGCUCGGCACGCACAAGUUCAUGCAGCUCAAGAACAUAAAACUACACUACGUGGAAAAUGGAGAUAGUUCCAAACCUCUGAUGCUUUUUGUUCACGGUUUCCCUGAAUUGUGGUACUCUUGGAGACACCAAAUCAAGGAGUUCUCUUCCGAUUACUGGACCAUUGCGUUAGAUAUGAGAGGAUACGGCGAGUCAGAGAAACCAGAUGGAGUUCAGAAUUACAAAAUGAAAUAUUUGUUGGAUGACAUCAAGGAAUUGGUUACCGCGCUCGGUCGCGAUAAGUUCACCCUCGUUGCUCAUGACUGGGGCGGCGUUGUUGCUUGGCAAUUCGUCUUCCACUUCCCAGAGAUGGUCGAAAAGUAUAUCAUAAUGGACGCUCCACACCCACGCGGUUUCCGGCGACAAAUGUUCAGCAGCCUUAAACAAUUCCUCAUGUCUUGGUACAUAUUCUUCUUCCAAGUCCCAUAUAUUCCGGAAAUAAUGAUGCGAUCUUACGAUUGUCACUCUCUUAAAAAAACUUUCCGCAAAUACAGGACAGAAACUGAAACGAAGGUAACUGAUGAAGAUAUUGAAGCUUUCAAAUAUUUCUUCACUCAGCCAGGUGCGUUUAGUGGACCUAUUAACUACUACCGCGCGAAUUUCGGAUCCCUUCAUAAGUUGAAUUCCAACGAUGGAGUGGAUCUCCCACCUGGAAUGUUGAUUGCGGGAGAAAAAGAUGAUUACAUUUCGCAGGAAGUGCUAGGGAAAGCUAAAAUGUUUGUUCCUACGUGCAAAGUGGAAAUAAUCAAGGGUGCAAAUCAUUUCGUUCAACAAGAUGAUCCUGAAGCCGUCAACAAAGUUAUGAGAGAUUUUCUUAAGAACUAGUAAUGGUUGAUGUAUUGUACUGUAGCCGAAGGUCACCUUAAUUAAUACGUAGUCAAGCAUGAAAUACGAAUCAUCAUUUACAUCAUAUACACAUGACAUUUUAUUUUAUUUAAUUUUUUACUGACUGAACAUUCCAUUAUACUUAGUUAUUAAUUAUACUUUACUCAGAAUAUUUAUAAUAUGUUUCAUUGAAUAAAGAAAUAUUAGAGUUAUACAAUGUUUUAC